AUGCCUCCAAAAAAGAAAGUCAAAAAAGACGAUCAGAUAAAAGAUCUUGAGACCGCCAGCGGCAUUCUCCUUGGAUACCUUAAAGAGCAGUUCCGGCCAUACUCUAUCAAUGAUAUCAUUUUGAAUUUACACAACAAAAUUUCCAAAUCGGUGGCACUUAAAGCCCUAGCAUUAUUAGCUACAAAUAACAAGUUAUUGAUGAAGACAUACGGGAAAAUGAAUUUCUACGUUUAUCGAUAUGGGAAGGAUGAUCAACAACAGGCAAUAGAUGAGUCUGGGAAAGAGAUCACCAUUCAGGUAGUAACUGAUCUUGAAAACAGUUUUGAAGAGGUAAAAAAUAGAUUGAAGGAGUUAAAUAGUGCUCUUAAACAAGCCACCAUUGAGCCGAAUAACGAAAACUUACUUGUCGAAAGGCGAAGCCUAGUAAAAGAUAUCACAACAGAUAGAGAGUUAUGUAAAUCAUUAGAGGAAUCGAUCAAAGGGAAAAUCAUUAAUAAUGAAGAAAUCAUUAAGCUCACUGAUGAUAUAAACAACCUUGAGAGAAUAUGCAAGUCCAGAAAGAAAGAUUAUCUGAAUAUUUUGGGAUUACUCAAAGAGAAUUUUCCAGAGUACAAAUCCAUCUUGGAAAAAGCUGGGGUUGAAGAGUAG